ACCAGACAUCAAGAGGAACUGGGACAUGAUUCAUGACCAAACCUGUCUUGUGUUUAUAGGCCAAGUAAUAACAUCAUUGAUUGACCAUGGCAUACUCAAGCUAUAGCUCUCUGAGUAGAGCUCAGCUUACCUUUGAGUAUCUUCACACAAAUUCAACAACCCAUGAGUUCCUAUUUGGAGCACUGGCUGAGCUUGUGGAUAAUUCUAGGGAUGCCAGUGCUACACGAAUUGAUAUCUACACAGAAAAAAGGCCAGAGCUACGGGGUGGCUACAUGUUAUGUUUUCUUGAUGAUGGCAUUGGAAUGGAUCCAAGUGAGGCAACGCAUGUGAUUCAGUUUGGAAAGUCAAACAAACGCUCAACAGAAUCUAGCCAGAUUGGUCAGUAUGGAAAUGGACUGAAAUCAGGUUCAAUGCGUAUUGGGAAAGACUUCAUCUUGUUUACAAAAAAAGGCACCACUCUUACAUGUUUAUUCUUAUCACGGACAUUUCACGAAGAGGAAGGGCUGGAUGAGGUUAUUGUGCCUCUUCCUUCAUGGGAUUUGAAGACAAAAGAACCUCAGACCUCUGAUCCAGAGAAGUAUGCAAUAGAGACAGAGCUGAUCUUCAAAUACUCUCCAUUUAAAAAUGAACUGCAACUCAUGGAGCAGUUCAACAAAAUAGAAAGUAGCAGCGGUACUCUUGUGAUUAUCUACAAUCUGAAGCUGAUGGACAGCAGGGAACCAGAGCUGGACUUUGAGACCGAUCAUCAGGAUAUACUUAUGGCCGGAACACCAGCUGAAGGAGUGAAGCCAGAGCGCAGGUCAUUCAGGGCAUAUGCUGCAGUUUUAUAUAUUGACCCACGCAUGAGAAUAUUUAUCCAAGGGCAUAAAGUCAGGACAAAAAGACUCUCCUGCUGCCUGUAUAAACCAAGACUUUACAAAUAUUCAUCCACUCGGUUUAAAACUCGUGCUGAACAAGAAGUCAAGAAGGCAGAUCAUCUUGCCAAAAUUGCUGAAGAAAAAGCAAGAGAAGCCGAGAGCAAGCGCAUUGCUUUAGAGGCUAAGCAUGGGGAUGAUUUGUCAAAAGAUUCACGAGCAAUUCUGAGGAAGGUUCAGGAUGCAGCCAUGAUGCUCCGACGAGACGCAGAAAUGAAACAAAGAAUCCUCGAAGCCAAGCAGAAGGCAUUAAAGGAACCUAAAGAACUGAAUUUUAUAUUUGGUGUGAACAUUGACCAGAGGGAACUAGAUGGAAUGUUUAUUUACAAUUGCUCUCGUCUCAUUAAAAUGUAUGAAAAGACUGGACCUCAACUUGAGGGAGGAAUGGCAUGUGGGGGUGUUGUUGGAGUUGUUGAUGUUCCAUAUUUAGUUCUCGAACCCACUCACAACAAACAAGACUUUGCAGAUGCAAAAGAGUAUCGCCACCUUUUAAAGUCUAUGGGAGAACAUCUGGCUCAGUACUGGAAAGACUCAAACAUUGCUCAAAAAGGCAUUGUGAAGUUCUGGGAUGAGUUUGGCUAUCUGUCGGCCAGCUGGUCUGCACCUCCUUCUUCAGAGAUGAGAUAUAAGAGACGUCGUGCAAUGGAGAUACCAGUUACCAUUCAGUGUGAUAAAUGUUUGAAGUGGAGGACGCUACCUUUUGAAAUGGAUGCAGUAGACAAACGCUACCCAGACAGCUGGGUGUGUCUUAUGAACCCAGACAGCACCCAAGACAGAUGCGAUGCUUCUGAACAAAAACAGAAUUUGCCUUGUGGGGUCUUGAAAAAAGACAAACCCACUGCUGAGAACAAACAGAAAGAACUUGCUGAAAAAAUUAAACAGCAACAGGAGAAACUAGAUGCCCUGCAGAAAACAAGCACUAUAAAAUCAGCGGCUGAUAUUAGAAAACUGCCACUAGAGCCAACUAGGUCAUCAGGGAGAUCUGUUGCUCGCCCCCGUUCGCCGCCUUUGCCUGCUCACCUUAAAAAUGCCCCCAGUGUUCCCCCGUCCCGUGCUGCUUCUCAGCGGCCCACUCGAAGCCCCGCUCCACCUCCUGCUAAACCAGAGCCACCAAAGUCAAGAACUGCAGCUAAACCAGCUACACCCACAGCAAAGCCUUCACUGAAAGCGGUCACUAAAGCAACACCACCAAGUCGAACCUCAAAAACCCCAGCCAAACCACUGCCAGCUGCAGCUUCUGGGCAACGCAAGAGGAUAAUAGAGGACGACAGUGAGGAAGAGGAAGCGGAGGAGGAAGAGGAAGAGGAAGAGGAGGAUGACAGUGAAGAGGAGAGUGAUGAAGAACCACAAACUAAGAAAUCAAAGAUGGCUGCAGCUGCUACCCGUGGCAAAGUAGUUGAGAAAAGUCCGGCACCUAAGCGAGGAAAGUUGGAUGAGGUUAACAAACUCAUCCAUUCUGCGAAGAAGGGGUUUUCUACUCCAACCAGACAGGCACAGACUGCAGCAGCAUCCUCCCCUAAAACUGUUUCCACACCUGAGCAUGGUGCUAGAGCUAAGGGACCACAAAAAGUCCAAGAAGAACCUGAAGAUGAUACCAAAAACGCUCAGAAAGAUAAGGGUCUGUUAGUGGAAGUGCGUGUCAAUAAAGAAUGGUACACUGGUAAAGUUAUUGCUGUUGAAGCAAAUAAACAAACUGUUCGCUGGAAGGUUAAGUUUGACUAUGUACCCACAUCCACACCAAAAGACCGAUGGGUGUUUAAGGGGAGUGAUGAUGUUCGUUUGAUGAAACCCCCAUCUCCCAACUCUCAAACCCCCGACACGCAGCAGGAGACUGAGAAGGGUCCAUCUCCAAUGGAGCCGGACACUACACAACCAGGAACUAGUCGAGAAGUCACAGGGAGCUUGGUUAACAUGCUCAGGACAAUGCUCCACUACUUUUUUCCUCCUGUUUUCCGGAUUCCCAAAGAUGAAGUUAACAGCAUGACGGCUGAAGAGCUGGUUUCUUUUCCUUUGAAAGAGUAUUUUCAGCAGUAUGAAUCUGGUCUCCAGUCUCUGUGUAACUCUUAUCAGAGCCGAGCUGAUGCCAAGGCCAAAGCUGUGGAAGAGAAGUGCAACAGUACAGAAAACAAAUUGAAAGAAGCAGAUGAAAAACUGCAGAAGCUGAGAACAAAUAUUGUAGCACUGCUACAAAAAGUACAAGAGGAUAUAGACAUUAAUACAGAUGAUGAGCUUGAUGCAUACAUUGAAGAUCUUCUUACCAAGGGUGAUUAAAGAACUCCUCUGAUGCAGUAUAAAGUAACUUCUAUUUGGCUGUGUGCUGUUGCACCUCUCAGAGGACAAUGUCUGUGCUGCUUCAGUAUUCAGAUCAUACUUUUUUGUCAGUGCUGUUGAAUUUUAGACAGUCUUGUUUUAAACAUAUUUUGUUGUUCUGUGGCUUUCUGUAGUCAUUUUAACAUUAUUUACAUAUAUAUUUUGUUAAAAUAUAUGUUAAUAUUGUGUUCAUUUUAAAGUGCUGUAAUUUCCCUAAUCAUUUUACGUUUUGUCCAAAAAAGUAUUUUACGUUGUCUUCAGUCAGUCUUUAACUAACUUGGGCAUGCUGUUUAAUUCAUAACUAGAGGAAGGACUUUGUCGGUCUAGGCAAACCUGAGGCAAACUUGUAUUUUUGUACACUAAAACACAACUGUGUUGACCAAGACCUUGCUCCGUCCUGGAAGCCCAGGCAAUACUUUUACAAGUGGGUGUAAUGCCACACCCCCAACAAUUAUUUACUGGGUUUUAUCAGUAUCUAUAUUCCUUUAGUUUCCUGUUUUAACUAAAAAUAUUUGUGCAGAAAAUGUUUUGCAAAUUAUUCCUGUGGUUCAUGAAGGCAACAAACGUGUGACCCAGUUGUUUUGAAAAUUGUUGCAUGCUCGCUGCCAAUGUACUGGAACAGACAAAUUCUGUAUUUUUGGAAGACAAACUUGUAACAAUAAAACAGUUUCUAUAA